AUGCCUAUACUCGCACCUCUCCUAGCUGCUGGCUUGGGCACUGUCUCACUUGCAGCUGCCUCUGCAACAGGACUAUACGAUUAUGUCGUCGUUGGCUCGGGACCGGGUGGUGGCUCCCUUGCCGCCAAUCUGGCCACAAGCGGAUACUCCGUUUUCCUGAUUGAAGCUGGUGGUGACGCCUCCGAUGAUCUUCUCCAAAUGCUUCCUCUCCUAUCUUCGCGUGCUGCAGAAACGCCAGGCCACUCCUGGCAGUUCUUCGUCGAGCACUACCAGAACGAGACACAGGCCCGUCGGGAUCCCAAGUACACCUAUACGCUGGGCAAUGGCUCCUACUGGUAUGGGUUGGAUCCUCCCGCAGACGCGGUCCCUGAGGGAAUCUAUUAUCCCCGUGGCGCUACGCUCGGUGGAAGCGCCCAGGUAAACGCUAUGAACUUCAUCUGGGCUCCUGACAACGAGUGGGACUACAUUGCCGAGCUGACUGGCGAUGAGUCCUGGAGACACGAAGAAAUGCGCAGGCACCUCAUGGCUCUUGAAAACUGUACCUAUGUCCCCCGUGGAACGCCAGGUCAUGGAUUUGAUGGUUACAUUGAGUCUAGCCUAGGCAACGCCACGAACGACCUUACGUCCCCCAACGCCGCAAGGCUCAUUGAGGAGAUGUUUCUUCAAGCAGAGGGCAUUGAGGUGGACGGCCUCGAACAUAUGCGUGAGCUCCUCCUGCGUGACAUCAACAGAAUCGACAACGAGCGCUAUGAAUCCAACUUUGUGUUCACAACCCCUGCGGCUGUCUCCCCUUCGACUGGUGGCAGGAGCGGGGUGGCAGGAUAUAUCAAUCGAGUUGUCGCUGCCGGACAUCCCCUCACUGUCAGCCUGCACCCUCUAGCUACAAAGGUUCUAUUUAAGGACCGGGGUCCCGGCAAGAAGCCCAAGGCAUACGGCGUCGAGUACAUGGUUGGUGAGGGUCUCUACUCGGCCGAUGGUCGAUACGAUGCGUCCCAGACGGGAGAGAUCAGGACUGUCAAGGCGAAGAGGGAGGUGAUUGUCUCUGGAGGAUCGUUCAACACCCCGCAGAUACUCAAGCUCAGUGGCGUUGGUCCCCGUGAAGAGCUGGAAGAGCUCGGCAUCCCCGUUGUGGUAGAUCUGCCCGCAGUCGGCAAUUUUAUGCAGGACAACUAUGAGGUGCCCGCACACAUUGAAGCCGAGGAGCAAUGGGUCAGGAAUGGGAGCAACCCGUGCAACCUGAGGUUCGACGAAACAGACCCAUGCUUCGUGCUUUGGCAGACGACUCGAACUGGGCCCUACGCUCAGCGUGGCGGAUCCUUCAAUUUGAGCUGGAAGAGCAGUGCCACUUGGAACGAGGAUGCAGACCUUAUCUACCUGAGCUCCGCGGGUGUCGGUGGCAUGGGUGGCUUCUAUCCCGGAUACUCGAACAGGUCCUUUGCCCCGCGCCAAUGGAACACGCCGCUCGUCAAGAUGCAGACCAGCAACGCGGCGGGGACCGUGAAGCUGCGGUCCAAGGAUCCCCGGGAGACACCGGCGAUCAACUUCAACUACUUCUCGCAGAAUGCAGAGCGGGAUCUGCAGGCUUUGGUUGAGGGUGUCGAGUUCCUGUUCAGUGUCUUUGACGCGGUUGGCAUUCCGUACAGGGUGCUCGCGCCCAACCCCGAGGUCGACAUGAGACAGGACAUCAUGGACAAAGCACACAGUCACCAUGCUACUUCCAGCUGCCGCAUGGGUCCUGCCGGUCACAGGGACUAUUGCGUUGACUCCAAGUUCCGAGUGAAUGGCGUUGACAGCCUGCGUGUGGUUGACGCUUCUGUCCUGCCGAGGGUUCCAGGCGCCAUGCCCAACGGGCCGACCUUUACCAUCUCGCACAAGGCGUAUGAGGCGAUACUGCAAGACGCUUGA